AUGUCCACAUUAAGUGAUUCUGGCUUCGAAGAGGACUUUCAAAGCCCUUCUCCAUCUAACUUCUUUACAAUUCCAUGGUCAGUAAAUCUUAAUAACAGACUCAUAGCUGACCACCAUGAGGUCAUUUACGACGAGAGCUGUUUCAUAAUUCAGAAAAACAACGAGGAGGAAUUUCUUGCUCUUAAUUGUUUGGCUCGUCAACCGCAGAUUACUGCAGAGGCCCGCUGCAAACUAGUAAGCUGGCUUAUAGCUGUUUAUAAACACUUCAAACUGUCGUUUGAAUCCUGUUGCUUGGCUGUCAAUAUCAUGGACCGAUUUUUGGUCACGACGUCAGUGGCCGCGGACUGCUUCCAGUUGCUCGGCGUAACGUCUUUACUGAUUGCGACAAAACACGUUGAAGUGUGCUCUCCUCGCAUCAAGCAGCUUCUCUCACUCUGCUGCAAUGCCUUCUCCAAAGAGCAACUCUGCAAUCUUGAAUGCCUUAUUCUUCUCCGACUCAACUUCAGGUUGGCUGCACCCACUCUCGCUUUCUUCCUCGAUUACUUAGUCAGUCAGGAGUUAUCCUGGCACAGAGUUGGUGGAAAGGAUGAUAACUUCACUGAUUUGUAUGAGGUCAAAAAUGACGAUGACUGGACAGCCACUGAAGAAGACCAGCUCUCCAGAGUGGAAAAGUAUAAAUAUUUUGCUUGCAAAAUCUGUGAACUGAGUCUGGCAGACUAUGCUUUCAACAAAUACCAGCCAUCUGUGAUUGUGCAGAGUGCUAUAAUACUGGCAAAGGACCAUUUCAGAAAGCCAGCCUCAUUCAAACACACGAGCUCAUCAGAGAUGGCAGAUUUACUCUGUACUGCAGACCACAACUCCAUAAAUUAUUCUUUAAUUCAGCAGUGCACAGAAGAUCUUAGGUUGUUGGUGUCACUCAAUCUAGAGUCACUUCAAGACUUAAAAGCACUCUGA